GGCGGUAGUUGGUCUUGCGCGUAAAUUGUGACAACAAGACUUUUAUAGACGAGACCGGAAGUGGAUUUACAGCAAGCAAGUUGUAAACAUUAGAGGAAACCAAGAGGCCCACUAAGAGAAUCCCUCCAAUGUAAUCGUGGGGCUAAAGCUAUCAAUGGUGGUGACCCUUCAGCUGUUCCACAUGAGGACUAAAAAUGAAAGAUGAGCAAUAUGUGUUCUGCUUAUGGGAGGGGCGCUUUUGGCCAGCAAAGUGUAUAAAACAUCAUGCUAAGGACACCAAAUCGAGCCAAGAUGAAAUUGAGGUGGAGGUCCUUUAUGUAGGAAAACGAGUGCAAAUAAAACGGAGCAACAUCAUUCCCCACAACAGGCAGACUUAUGAGGAUGUCUCCCAAGACCUGGAAAAAAAUCCAGACAGGCACCGAAUAUUGGAUCUGUUUUUUGAGACUGAAGAUGACAACAUAUCAUUUAAGGGCUUUCCCAUUGACGGCAUCAGUAUAGGUAAAGACAUGGAGUCCAAGACAUUCCAACCAGAGCUAAUUUCACCUUACAGGAGAGCUCUUGAACAGAUGAUGGUUCUGCCUCUGAGUCCUUCCACAUGCACAUUGGCAGCUUCAAUGACAAGAAACCGAGAGACGCCAACUAAACGACGAAGGAUCACAAAGGGAAAACAAUACUGCAAAGCCAAACGCUCUUUGGAGGACCAAACAGAAUCAUCAGUCGAAGUCACCAGCCUGAAGUCUUCUGAUCCAAGUAAAACUACAAUGGUGAGAAGCAGUGAUGAUGACCCUGGCUGCUACAAAGAUACAGACAGAGAAGAAGUAGCAGACAGGAGAUCCAAAAAGGUAUCAAAACCCAUAGAAAACUGUGACCCUUGCAACUCUGGGGGUAAAACUACAGCAGCUACAUGGCUGAACACCCGGAAGGGGACUUCUAGGAUGUCGAGGAAACCCACUGAGAAGAGUAAUGGUUCUGUUCAAAAUUUCACCCGCCACAGACCAGCUCUUCUCACUUCAACACCCCAGAACAGUUUCAGACGGCGGAUGUGGAAGGAUCCUGAUUUCCAGUUUCAAGAGUCAGAUUGUUAUUUAACACCCAAACAAAAAUUAACCUCCAAAGUGAAAGAGAAAAGCAAGUUUUGUACCAAAAACCAAAAUUUCAACUGUCUGAGUCAGGCUCCCAGACAGAGCUGGCCUAAGAAAAAUGUCAAAAGAAAUUUUCAAAAGCUUUUUGUGGAGCACACUGAUGAAACACAGUGCUCAUCAUCUGCCCAGACUCUGAGAAAUGGAGGGAUCAGUGGAAGGACACAAACCUCUAGGCAGACGCGAAGAAAGAAAUCCAGAGGAGAUGCUAGAGUGGAGAGUUUGGACUUAAAUUCAGAUAAGCCUGUGCAGAAGAUAAGCACGAGAAGCUGCUCGAGAUUGGAGGACAAAGGCCAUAACACGCAGUCACCCUUCACCAGUCACAGAUGGAAAAAGCUGCCGAUCUCUGAGAACAGGAAGCGGCCAAUGAAGAGCCAACGGCACAACACACUGCCAGACUUUACCUUGGAAGAAAUUGAUAUGAGCCAUCAAUCCUCGGAUCUUUCACUGGGACUGAGCUUGACCGAGUCACUCAUAGACACCUCUGUGGUGGAAGAUGAAGAGGAGGAUGAGGAGGAGGAGGAGGAAGAAGAAGAGCUACCUAGCAUCUUCUUAGAGAGUAAGAAAUCCUGCCCUAUAGCAGAAGGAGCGUGCGUUUGGUGCAAAUUCCGGAAAUACCCAUUCUGGCCGGCAUUGGUCAAGAGCGUAAAUCAUAAGAAUAAGAAAGCCAGCAUCGUUUUUGUGGAGCAGCUGUUGACUGACAAACCUCGCAAAGGGUUGUGUGUCUCACUAAGAACACUGAAGCCGUUUGACUGCGACGAAAAGGAGAUGUUCAUUAAUACUGCCCGGGAAACCUAUGACAGAGCGAUUGACUUUUGUGUUGCACUGAUCGAUGACUACAUCAUUCGAAUAGGUGGUAGGGCAUUUUCUGGGUCCUUUACUGAUUACUGCACAAGUGAAAUAAGCCAUCCUGUCCGGAAAGAAUUUCAUCAAGGCCACGAUACGCUGACCUUUCCCAGUUGCCUUAUCCAGGCAGAGUGUGACGACACCACCGAAAGCCAACCCGGGGACAGCUGCUGUGAGCAGUUAACUCAAAAGAAAUUACUUCCUGAUCGCUCCAAGGCAGCUCGCAACAAAGCCAACCAAAAACUGGUGCAGUUCAUCGUGAAAACCCGCGGUGUGGAGAAACACCUGCAGGCCAUCAUUGCAGGCAAGAAGCACUCCAAAUGGUUAACGGAGUAUUUGAAACCAAGCCGCUUCCUGAAGUGGGUCGACACUUACCUGGAAGAUGAAAGCCAGCUCUGGGAAGUCUUGAAUUACCUGAAGUCAUUUGUGGCUGGAGUUCAAGGCCGAUCACAGCUCCUUGCUGACAAUAAUGAGUUGAUUUUCAACGUACUUUUGCCUGAGGCGGUCAUCUUUGCCAUCUCUGCUGUGGAUCGCAUCUCCAUAGAAAAAGCUGAAGAGAAAUAUAAUAAAGGCCCCGACAUUAGUGCCAGGGAAAGGGAAGAAUUUGACCAACAGAUUGAGAGAGAGAUCAGGAUGAAAGCCGCCAUGUGCCUUAAUGACCAGAGUCAGCCUUGAAGAGCAGAAGACUGAUGGCUGCCAUCCGCUCUCCUCUGUGGCACUGAUGUGGAGAGCAGAAGGGACCUGGAGUGGCACGGCAGGAGAAGAUGGCUCUAAUCCUUUUUUUUUUUAAAUGAAUGAAUGUUUUCAAGAUGAUUGAUAGGAAUUCAUUUUAACUCAAAUCCUCAUAUGAUAUGGUUGGAUUGUGAAUGGCACACUUUUAUAUAAAUGUUAAAGAUGAAAGUAAACUAAUCAUGAAAUGCACGAUUAUAAUGAGCAGGUGUAGACUGGGCACUGUGACAAAUGGCCACUCCAUAGUCUGUGGGUCCAUGAAAUGUAGAAAUCCUCUUAUGGGAAAUGUUCAGACCAGGCCGUCGCUGGACGUCACCUUUAGUUUCUCUGAAAUGUAAAUUUCCAUCGAGGUGGACGGUCGGAUGUGGUUGGCGAUAUCUUGUGUAGGAAUGUGAAUGCCACGCGGAUCUGAAGUAUGAUUCAUAAGAAUCUACAGGUGUGUGUGUGUGUGUGGGGGCCCAUCCAGGUGGCGGCACAGGACAAAUUCAGAACGGCUGCUCAUUGUUUCUCUCUCGUUAUUCUCUUCUAUUACACUUUGAUCUGUCCUCACUAAGCAGAGGGGGGUGGCACUCGUAUCGUUUAUGCGGACCACCGCAUUCAUUCAUAUUUUUUUUUUAUUUUUUUUUUUUUUAAACAGAUCAAAAUGAGAAAAUAGUGGCAGACACCAAAAAGCCGUUUUGCCUUACAAGAAAUGAAAAGUGCUUUGCUGCUUCAGUCUAAAAACUGGGAAGUCUGGAAAAAGGCCACUCUGGGCGAUGAAAUAUAGCGCCUUUCACUAUUUUUAUGGACUUGUGAAGUAAACAAUGUUGUAUCUCAUGGUGUGUGUAUAUGUGUGUGUGUUUGUAUUAACCAAAAAUGGUGGUCAGGCCCUCCUUUGUUUUUCCAAACAUGUACAUCGCCAUCAUCUAUGACGGGACAGCCAGCCUGUUACUGGGUACAUGAACUUGGUCGCACUUCACUGUAGACUUGACAUAAUGGAGGAAACACGCAGUACUGAACUCUUCGCCAUCCCGUAUUUAAAGCCCGAGGCCACCGCCAUACAGUCCCCACUCAGUAGUGGACCGUGCGGAGCACGCUAUGAAUCCUGGGAUGACGGCUACCUAAAGUUGUCAAGAAACACAUCCCAUGUCUUUUACCUUCAUUUCCCAGAUACACCUGAGAAACAUGAAAGUUUUUACCCUAACUGAAUAACAGUUUGCAUUGUCACGUUGGCCAAAGAAUAUCUGCUUUGUGAUCGUUUAGGACAUUUAUGGGUGCCGGUAUUAGUCGCUUCACAAUCGAGGGGUUUGAAAGCCAAGGUGCACAGACCGUCCUGCGUCCAAAUAAAUCAAAUACAAAAAAAAAAAAGGCCAUAAACGGGAAGAGGAGCAGAGUGGCACCGGGUGUCCAUUGUGCCCACGAGCUCUUUGGUCGCAAAAGGGAUCUUUUUACAUCUUCAAAGAGACACGCUGGGUGCGUUUCGGGUAAAUAAAUGCAUCGGAAAUACGUGAUAGGCAAGUUCUGUUUUUUAAGAAAAUCUCGAGUUAAAUAAAAAGGAAGCAAACAAAUGCACUACAUUUGUUGUCAUCUCUUUUUCUGGUAUGUGAAAUAUUUUGGGCUGUCCGCACACAAAACGUUAUGAAUUCUGACGACGUCCACUCCAUGUGAUUAUUACCAUGGCGAUAUGUUUGUUUACCAUACCCCUCCAAAAACUCUCUUUAUUUUAACAAGGAAACUUCUUAAUAUUUGUGACAGAAAUGUGUAAAUCCCAAACCAUUCACACAAACACGGCAGGGACGAAAUGUCCGGUGUCCACCGCUGGACCGAUGCUGAUUUAGUAGACGUCCUUCGUGCGUCACCAGUGCAUGGCCUCACUUACGUUGCAGUCAGCGCAGUACACGCCUGUUUCUUUGCAUACUUGCAUCUUUCUCUUGCGUGCACAUUUGCAGAUUAAAUGUCCAUUCCUGACCCAUACGAUGGACGGGCGCCCCUUGUGUUAGCGUAGGCUUAGCGACUCCCACAUUUCCCCGAAACGAACAUUGACAGUUGCUGCAUUGUAAACUGUGCUUACGGGGCUCACGCCUGUCUUGUCUUUUCUUCUUGAUCGCAGUCGUUUUGUCAGAGACCUACUUGAGGCAUGUUGUCCCUUGUGGUGGAGUUGUGAAAUGCCGUAUGCAUCAGUUUCAGUAUUCGUGUCACCGACUGAUGACAAAUUCACGUUGUCUUUGCCAUAUAUAAAUGUAAUGAAUUAUUAUUAAUUAUUAUUAUCACCCGAUCCAAAGGACAGUUCAGUUUCAGCUGGUGCUUUACAGCUUCUUGUUUACAUGCCAUUGAAGGCUCCUCCCCACUCAUGAAUAUUAACAAGUUACCAUAGAAUGACAAAAUGCAUAGAAAUCUUCAUGAUUUUUUUGCAGCAUGAUAUUUUAUCCACUAGAUGGCAACAGGCUACUGUUUGGAGCAUCAUUCUGACUUCACAGUUUAAAAGCAGAUCAUUACACGUCACCCCGCAUCUGACUCCGGCUUCACCGCAUUUACCGAGAAUUUCUCUCCGAGAGACACUCGGUGUUAACGCCAAGGUGGUGUGACCAGGUGUGGUAAUGACAGCCCCAAAGAAAGUGAGGAAAUUUUGGGGUGCCAACCGGGUUAUCCCAUUUAUCGUCCGGAGACGGCAGUUUCAAGUAAAGAAAAACAAGAAAAAGACUCGUAGCUGUUUGUCCCUUCAGCAGGAAUGUCUGGAAACGGUGAACAAAAAUGGUUGAUGCUUCCAUCUGGCAGGUUCCUCUGGCCAGUAAUGAAGCCUCCUUCUGGGACGGUCGGGGUUUUUAUGGCAGCUGGACCAGAAGGGGCGGAGUUAAGUGCCUUCUCAGAACUAUAGGGAAAGGAGGAGAUGGCCGAGUUAGCAGCAGCGCCCCCUCUCAUCUCAGUGGGUUAUUACAUACCUUGACUGAGGUCCUCCGACACCCACAUGCGUGACAGCAGUUAAAGGAAUAGCCCACCCAAAGGUCCUCAUUUUAUUACCUUCUUUCUCCUGUGUCUCUUGUAAUGAUGGCCAAGAAAAAAAUGUUGACUCUCAUGUAUUGUCAUGAAGAUCGGCCCCCCCACCAUUCGGUGAUCAAGAGACCCAUCUUUAAUUGGAAAAACUCAAAAGUGCACUUGGGAUUGAAACCUGGAGGCACUUCUUUGUGUAAAGAGUUGUGAGAACUGGAACAUCCUGUAAACCGUUGGACUUUAGACGACAGUGAAGACGCGAAUGUUUGCUUUUACGUUAAAUGAAGU